UGCGUGGGCCAUUUGUAUGGCGUGGCUCUGUACUACUCGACCAGCCUGACGGAGAGGGCGAUGCAUGGGACGGUGCAUAGCCGGCCCGAGUUUCUGUAUUUCUGGGUGUACUACGUUGGUUUCAACGCGCCCUGGGUCGUCGUCCCGAUGGGUAUGUUCCUCCUUCUCGUUUUCCUUGCCAGCCAGGCGGAUUUCCCCCAGGCGGAUUCCCCGUUGUCUAGAUAACAGCAGUUCUGCCUGCGAAGACUCCAGAAAGGACCAUUGGCCAGACGAGGUCCCCCGAGAAAUCUCUGAAAUCCAUCAUUUCAAGUGCAAAUGCUAACGAGAUCACGAUGGAACAGUCUUGCUUUGGCAGAGUAUGAGUUCUAUUCGGGAGGCAAUCGGUGCAUUGGAGAGGGAGGAGAGCGGGAGGAAGAGGAG